AUGUUAACUCUUAUUUUAAAAAUAUUAGUUGUAUCUCUCUUAAUAUGGAAAUUGAGUAACUCCAACAAUACCAG